GCUAAGUCCAGGCUCCGGAGGCGGGCCCAGAGGCUGGCGCUUUUGCCGACGUCUUUGAGCGCGCCGGAAGUGCCUGCUAGGAGCGGGGCGACGAGCCGACGACUACAUUUACGGGCUCUCCCGGCGGCCCAGAGUCGUGGCUUACAGAAGAGAUGAAAUGUGGUCUGAGGGACGAUAUGACUAUGAAAGACUUCCAAGAGAACGAGUACCUCCUCGAAGUCACCCCAGUGAUGGCUACCAUAGAGUAGUUAAUAUUGUGCCAAAGAAACCACCACUGCUAGACAGACCUGGUGAAGGAAACUACAAUAGAUAUUACAGUCAUGUUGAUUACCGAGACUAUGACGAGGGCCGCAGUUUUUCUCAUGAUCGAAGAAGUGGUCCACCUCACAGAGGAGAUGAAUCUGGCUAUAGGUGGACAAGAGAUGAUCAUUCUGCAAGUCGACAGCCUGAGUACAGGGACAUGAGAGAUGGCUUUAGAAGAAAAAGUUUCUAUUCUUCCCAUUACGCGAGAGACCGGUCUCCUCAUAAAAGAGACACUCCUUUUUUCAGAGAAUCGCCUGUAGGUCGAAAGGAUUCUCCACACAGCAGGUCUGGCUCCAGUGUCAGUAGUAGAAGCUACUCUCCAGAAAGAAGCAAAACGUACUCUUUCCAUCAAUCUCAACAUAGAAAGUCCAUCCGUGCUGGUGCCUCCUACAAACGGCAGAAUGAAGGCAAUCCAGGAAGAGGUAAAGAGAGACCUGUUCCGCCUUUGAAAACAUCAAGAGACACUUCACCCUCAAGUUCUUCAGCAGUUCCUUCAUCAAAGGUGUUAGACAAACCCAGUAGGCUAACUGAAAAGGAACUUGCUGAGGCUGCAAGCAAGUGGGCUGCUGAGAAGCUAGAGAAGGCAGAUGACAGUAACUUACCUGAAAUUGAGUAUGAGGCGGGAUCUACAGCACCGUUGUUUAUUGACCAGCCAGAGGAACCUGAGUCAAAUGCAACAGAUGGCAUAGAAUUAUUUGAAGACAGUCAGCUAACCAGCCGCUCUAAAGCAAUAGCAUCAAAAACCAAAGAGAUUGAACAGGUUUACCGACAAGACUGUGAAACUUUCGGGAUGGUUGUGAAAAUGCUGAUUGAAAAAGAUCCUUCAUUAGAAAAGUCUAUACAGUUUGCAUUGAGACAGAAUUUACAUGAAAUAGGUGAGCGGUGUGUUGAAGAACUCAAGCAUUUCAUUGCAGAGUAUGAUACCUCUAGUCAGGAUUUUGGAGAGCCUUUUUAGCAAAUUACUUGCUCAGGCAACAAAAAUGUUUCUAGGGUUUUGGUUUUUUUUCUUUUCCUGGAUUGUAUAAAUCCUUAAUAUAUGGAAUUUUUGUGAUGAAGAGAAAUACUUUAUGAUAGUCGACCACAUUUCCAAUGUCAAGUAUACAUCUAAAAUAGUCUAAGAUAUUUUAAUUAGAAUUUUUAAAAUCUACAUGUAGAGUCUCCUAAUCCAUACUUAUCUUUUCCCCCUAAAAUGAUGGGUCAGUUAGUUUUUCAAGCUUUGAAAAAGCAGUCCUAGAGAAGAGCUUAUGUUCUGUUCUCUUCUGUAGUAUGCGAUCAUUUGUUUUGGUCACACUAGUGUAAUUUAUUAGGUUAGGGAUCAUUCCACUUAAAACAUUUGUAGUCUUUUUGCAUUUCAUAGUCAGUGAUACCAUGUGAAAAUGUUAGAAUUUUGAGUUGUGAUUUUAUUGACUUGUUGCUUGCUUAUUUUAGGCUUUGUAACUUUUAAUAUGUUCAAGUAUACUGUCCAAAUAAACUGAAUACUUUAGUGUCUUACAGAAUAUUUGCUUUGAGAUUAAUUCUCAUUGUGAUAAAAUAGAGCACUUAAAUCUCAAAAAGACCUCAUAAUAAAAUCCUAUUUUCUGAGUAAAUGAACUCAAUGUUCUCUAUUAAAAUAAUCCUGAAACUCCUGACCAUUCUCACAGAUAUGUGAGUCUUAAAUAAUAUCAUAUAUAAGAGUAAGAGAAGUGGCAAUUUGAAAUGAAAGAUGAGAGCUCUUUUCAAGUUGAGAUUUCUUUAGAAACUUCUCAUUGAAAGAGAAAAGCUCAGAAUAUGAGGGAGUAGUGGAGUUUCAUUUUUUCCCAGGCCCAUAUUUUUCAUCUCAAGAAAGAAGGUCAUUGAUAGUAUAUCCAUAAUCAAACCAGUUACAGGUUAUGCCUUUGUUAAUCUCUGUAGUCUUAACAAGAUCUUUGUUCUGAUGCCCUUUUUAGGGGUCCUCAAAAGUGUUCUUUAAAGAAACAAAGCAGAAUAGGCAGUAAGCCCAGCACAACUACCCCUCACCAAGCCGUCUAUGUAAACAGUUCUCCAUGAGGGAGCCGUCCAAAUCACGAGUUAGUUAAAAAUCUAACUGGGACCAUUAGGAUAUUCCACUCAUUUCCUGAUUGCUUCCAGCUGGCCAGUGGCAUUUAGCUAAAAUAUGUAUUUCUAUGGCAUUAGGAAACCUUAAAAAUCAUGCUUAUUUUUACUACCCAGUUUCAUUAUCCCCCCAUCCUCUUUCCAUUUCCAUUGUCUUCUCACUCUCAGUUCUGGUGGUAUCUUUAGUGGCCUAUAUUGAUAAUAUCUAAAGAGCUAUCCCAGAAGAGAGAAAAAUUAUAUUAAACAGCAGUACAUUUGGUGAAUCCUAUAUGUAUUAUGCCAUUCCACAAAUGUAAAAACUACUUGAACACAAUUAUUUUCUUAACUUCCCUAUAUGAGACUGCCUUGAACUCUUAUUUUUGCCAUUUAGAUAUUGUACAUAAGCUAAAACUAAACUAAACCCCACAUGUCAUCUCUGGUAGUCUAAUUCCCUAAUUAUGAACAGUGAUUUUGUUACCCACUUUAGAAAGACUAAGAAAGUACUGAUAUUGUUUCUUCCCCUACCCCCUUGUUUUUCUUUUCCUUAAAUAUUCUGAUUCCAGGAUUCAAUUCCUUUAGUCAAGAUGUUACAAGUUUAAAAAAAUAAAGUUAAGACACUACCACCAAGGCAAAGGAUUUGUUCAUUUUGUUGAAAUUCAUUAAACUGGAAAUUCAUUCAACUCAAGGUUUUACUUACAGAGUCAUUUAAAUGUAGGUUCAACCAAUAAUUUCUUCUUCUCCCCUUCCCCCAAAUUACAUUCAACACUUAAAGCUGUUUAGAGCUUGCCAUCAGCAUUAUUCUGGUAGGCUUCUCAGUGUUAAAUCUGUUUGUUUUUGACAGCUUUUUAAAGACCAAUUUUAGGAUGGUUGAAUUCAGAUGCGUACCAGAGUGUGUAUUUUGCAAAAUGUUCUUGAUUAAAGAAAUUUGUUUGUAAAUUAUCCAUUGUUUUUGAGUAUGCCCAAUUGAUACGAUAAAUUUUUCAUUGUCUGACCAUAAAGCCUUGAUGAUCAACAGGGGGUAAGCACUAUUGUGAAGCUUUUUGUGAAUUUUAAAAGUGCAAAAUAAAGCAACUAGGUUUAAAUAA